AGUGCGUGACUUUCACUUCCGGGGUCGUUGACCAUCAGCCUGUCAGCAGGAGAAAGAUGUGUCCUUGAGCAAGACUCUGAACCCCAAAUUUCUCCCGAUGUUGUGUACGCAUGGGGAAAAAAUGUGUUAGUGGAUGUAGUGUCCCUGGAGUGCUGCGAUGCCGCUGGAGGUAAAAUGGCCGUUCCCACAGUGCCCGGCUUUGGCGUGGAGAAUCUCCAGCUCACUGAUCAUGGGCAUGGUGGGCUCCUAUUCCUACUUCUGGACCAAGUACAUGAACUGCUUGACGGUCCACAACCACAAGGUUUUGUUUGAUCUGAUUGACCAGAGGCCCUCGGACUCACCCCUCAUCACUCUAUCCAAUCACAAGUCUUGUAUGGAUGACCCCCAUAUCUGGGGCGUACUGAAGCUCCGGCAUUUGUGGAACUUCAACAAGAUGCGGUGGACUCCAACAGCAGCUGACAUCUGUUUCACGAAAGAGCUGCACUCACGAUUCUUCAGCCAUGGAAAGUGUGUUCCCGUCUGCAGAGGCGAUGGUGUUUAUCAGAAAGGCAUGGAUUUUAUUCUGGAGAGGCUGAACAGAGGAGAAUGGGUGCACAUUUUUCCAGAAGGCAAAGUCAACAUGACUGAAGAAUGCAUACGGUUAAAAUGGGGUGUGGGCCGGCUAAUAGCAGAGUGCUCCCUUAAUCCUAUUAUCCUGCCGCUCUGGCAUGAGGGUUUGAGUGACGUUCUGCCAAAUAGGACGCCCUACGUUCCUCGGAUUGGCAAGGUAGAACAUUUCCAUCUUAUCCCAGCAAUAUUUUUCCAAUCCAUUUAUUUGUACAUAGCACAUUUAAAAAAAACAGGUUUACAGUGCUGCACAAGGAAUGAUACAUAAAACGCAUAAAAACAU